CUUUCCAAAAGGAACAAGAGGUAUAGCCAGUCCUACGAUGAAGGCAGCAAUUAUAUGUAUACUCUUCUCCUUAGUGUUGGGUGCCAUCUUCUCAGAUGCUGCUAGCCAAGUUGGAAAGGCAGGAGGAUCCAGUAAAAAUCAGAAGCCAGUUACUUCUAACCAGAAGAUGAAACCAGGGACUCCUAGUGAUCCAGAAGAAGAGAAAAAUAUGGUUAAAUCUCCUAUUGGCAACAUAAUGGAGUUACAAAAUGGCAACAAGAAGCCAUCAGAGGAUCCCACCAACUGUCCAGAAAUCUUUGAUCCUGUCUGUGCUUCUGAUGGAAAAACCUAUAACAAUAUAUGUUUGUUUGGAGAAGCAAAGAAGAAAAAUAAUGGAAAACUAAGCCUGAAACACAAAGGAAAGUGCUGACCCUUUAAGGUGGCCAAAUAUUGGAUGAACCAUUAUCUACCCUUUCCUUUAACUCAAUGCUUCCUGGAGUCUUCUUUUGUACUUGGGGAUUUAAGGGU